GAAACGGGUUAAAAUGCAGUGUAGAGUGUGCUUAAAACAGUGUGAUGACCAGGAUGACGGCAAAACGGCAACGCUCUUCCAUUCUUUGCUUGAAGGCGUGCUGAUUGGAGAAUAUUUGAAUGAUUUGUUCGAUCUGCAGAUCUACGAGGAUGAUUGUUUUCCAUAGCAUAUCUGCGAGCAGUGUCAUCUGGAGCUCCAAAUAGUGUCGAUCUUCAGGGAACGGCUUCUCGCGUCGGACAACACGCUGCGUGGAUUGAAUCGUCUCGGAGAUGGUCUAAAUUAUGGCGAAACAUUGGUGGAAGAAUCCAUUGCAUCGUGUACAGCUACUGCAACUACGCGGGAGUCUAUGGAGCAAGAAUCUGUUACUGAGAUGGCAACUACCCGCUGUGGGGAUUGUGGGAAGAAGCUGUAUGAUACGGAACCGACCUAUCUAUUUCAACAAAGCAACCCGCCCAAUAAUAUUUCAAACAUUAUGCUGUGCCAAGAAUGUUACCAACGAAUCACCGUGGUUCACGCUGAAACUACUGAGGCUGACAUACAGAAGGGUUGUACCGACACAAACCCUGAUACUCCUUCACUAGCGAUCGAUUUGAUGCCCAUGGAACCAUCGAACUCUUGUACGAGAGCAAAUCGUUUUUGUUGCGUGACACACUGCUCGGAGCAGUUUACAGAGGAAGCAGCGUUAGUGCAGCACGCUCAGGAAAUGCACGCGAUAAAGAUUCGCAAAAAUCGCGAAAAACAAGAACCCGGUAGACCUUUCAAAUGCAAUGUAUGCUUUCGUGCGUUUGGUUCAUCGAAAAACUUGCGCGUUCAUCAGUUGGUUCGUUCGAAUGUGCACAAUCGCAAUUUCACCUGCACCACAUGUCCUUUUCGUGCCGGCAAUAUGGCAGCUCUAACGAUCCAUGAGCGUUCCCAUACCGGAGAGCGUCCGUUUGGGUGCGACUCGUGCGAGAAACGAUUCGCUUCGGAAGCUACACUAAAAUCGCACCAGGUUUGUCAUCGAGACGAGCGACCAUUCGAAUGUUCCUACUGUUCGAAAACGUUCGCCCGCAAGCGAAACUUGCAGGAGCAUCUUUCGUUGUGCCAGUCGGACGAAAAACCAUAUCACUGUGAAGAUUGUAGUGCUCGGUUUAAAUCGAAGCAACACUUACGGUUGCAUCGCCGACUGCACACGGGAGAAAAACCGUACAUGUGUAGCGUGUGUCCUAAAACUUUCUAUUACAUUUCCGAUCGAAAGCGGCACGAACUAUCACACGCGGGCGCCAAACCGUACAGUUGCCAGACUUGUGAUGCAUCGUACAGCCGGAAGUAUGCACUUACCAUGCACGAACGAACGCACACGGGCGAGCAGCCGUUUGGGUGUGAAGAUUGUGGAAAACGAUUUUCCAAAUCUUCACUGUUGAAGCGGCAUGUGGCAAGGCAUAGCUGUGGCGGAAAAAUUGUUUCGAGUAAGCAACAGUUUGAUUGUAGGAACUUUUUCACCGGGCUUAAUCAUCAACUGUCAUCUUGAUGUACGUUUGUUUACAUGUCACAUACAGCCAAAAAACGUAAACAUUCAUCUAAAUCCAUCGCAAAUAGGCAAACGCGAUAUAAUCCCAGAUCCUAAAAUGUGGAAUGAGGAAUUUAAUGUUUUUAAAAAUGAUAAGACACCGCAGGCGCCGGCAACAAAGGUAAACCGAGCGAAUCUACCCCGGCGGGCAAGGAACUUUAGG